GAGGAAAGCUGGGGUUGUUUCAUAUGUCAUAUGUUUGAUGUAGGAGUAAGGCAGAGUUUAGACUCUAUACAGAUGCUUGAAAAUGAAGUGUUUCUGUAAACUCCUGUGUGGGCUCCUUAUGUCAUGCCUUUGUUUUAGAGUCACAGGUCUGAAUAAGGAGAUAUCUGUGAAUCAGAGCCCAAACAGCAUUACUGUGAAUGAGGGAGAAUCUGCUAAAAUCUCCUGCUGCUGGACAAAGACAACAUUUGAUUUUAAAGUCGACUGGUUAAAGAAUGAGAAAAAGGUUUCAGCAGAAAGUCAGGUGUUUCAAAAGUCUCCAGUGGGAAACUGCACUACUCUUAAAAUCACAAACAUAACUCCAAAUGACACAGGAGAAUAUGUAUGUAAAGUGAUCCAAGACAUACCAUUCCUGCGUCAAUUCAAUGGAAGUAAAACCAUCUUAACAAUCAAAAACAAAGAACAAGGCACCAAGACACCAACAACUACAGGCAAUGUUACAUCAAGUGUUCAACCACCUUCCAUCAUAAAAAACGUUGAAUCUUCACAUUUGACCCUGCCUUUGUCUCUGGCCGCUGCUGUCGGCCUGUUGACCCUCUGCUUGAUCUUUACUGUCUGCAAGAUGAAGAACUCUUGUAAAAAAUCAGAUCGAGUGGUCAUUCACCAGACACCUCACAGUGAUGGAGAGGAGCAUGAAAAUAAUGAGUCGGAGGAGCUGAACUCAAACUCUUCACGAGGAUCUCUUCAAUGGUAUCAAGUUCCUGUUUACUGGUCUUACUUUGAUGUACAGAGAGAUAAAGAAGAAGCUGACCAAUCACAAGCAGAAUAAAGACCAUUUUAGUCAGUGGUUUGUAAAGUAUUCUCUCUGACUGUAAGUGUGAGAGUAUUUUUGUAAAUAUUAGAGUCAGAUUUGAAAGAUAAAGUGGAAAUCUUCUCAGCUCAUAAUUCUGAGCAUUUGAUUUUAAUCUCACCGCUCACAUGUGCUGUCCGCAUGUGGUGCCAUGUUAGAUUUGUAUUCUUGUAAUUUUUGGUUUCUUUCAUUACAAGUCUGUAAAAAUGUUAUCACAUAUUACAUGUUAUCAAUUGUAAUCACAAUGUUAUCAUGUAUCACAUAUCUUGUGAGAUGUAUGAUACUCCAUUAUGUAAGCAAAAGGUGUUUGGUUUUAUUUAUUGUGCUAUGGUAAGACAUCUAUUAAAUCUUAGCCUAGACAUUUGGGCUGUGUUAGGACACCAGAUGUCUUUUAAACACAAAUUGCUUACUUGGAAAUGAAUUCAAUUGUAUUUCAAACUAAUACACACUUCCCAGGUCUUCAGGGGUUUAUUUAAGUUUUAUUCUGUAAAUACAACACAAACCAGCUAUGAUUAUAUAUGUAUGUUUUUUUUAAAUAUAUUUUUUUACCUGUCUGUGAGAGUCACAUGUUCAUUUUGAGGUUGCUGUUGACAUUUACAAUAAAAGUCUGUGAAAGCAUCAAGCGUGAGACGUGUCUUCACACAGAUAAGCAGACACUGCAGGGUGGAAACUCUGGUG